GAGACCGCCUUCCGCAGGUGCGGUUGGCGCUGCUCACGGAGCCGCUGACUCUGCGCCUGCUGCUCGCAGAAGGCGGCGACCCGCGGGGAGAACUGCGCACCCAUCCCGCAGGUGUCCCCGCAGGUGUCCCACGGCCCGGGCUCGGGGCGCUGCGGGGAAAGCCGGCGAAGCCCCGUUCUGUGGGCAGGUGUGUUGGGAGGGACGGGACACCGGCCAGCGCACACGUGUAGCCAGAACAGCCAGUGCCGAGUGGUCUGGGAAAGCGGCCCGGGCCAUCCGGUGGGACGGGAGCUGGAGGAGCGGCUCCGACAGGUUUAACCCAGAAGACGUUAGCUAAAAAGUUUGAGUUUCCCAUACAUUUCAAUGGAGCUUCCAAAGUAAUGAAGAAAAAGAAAAAGGUUUCAGUGUGGAAAAAAGUACACAAAGUCAUUUCUAGAAUGCUCAAAGAAAACGAAAAAUAUAGACUCAGGCUGAAAUGCCAACGAUUAGCUGGUGAAAACUGAGAUUACACAAGAUGAAUCUUCUCAUCGUCUUCUGGUCCGGGAAGAAAGGCACAAGGAUGGUGAAGCUGAACAGCACCCCGGGCGAGAAGGGCGCCAAGCCGCCCUCGGUGGAGGAUGGCUUCCAGACCGUCCCUCUCAUCACCCCGCUGGAGGUGAAUCACCUGCAGCUGCCUGCUCCGGAAAAGGUGAUCGUGAAGACAAGAACGGAGUAUCAGCCCGAACAGAAGAACAAAGGGAAGUUCCGGGUGCCGAAGAUCGCCGAGUUUACGGUCACCAUCCUGGUCAGCCUGGCCCUCGCGUUCCUCGCCUGCAUCGUGUUCCUGGUGGUUUACAAAGCCUUCACCUACGACCACAGCUGCCCGGAGGGGUUUGUCUACAAGCACAAGCGCUGCAUCCCGGCCUCCCUGGACGCCUACUACUCGGCGCAGGAGCCCAGCUCCCGGAGCCGCUUCUACACGGUCAUCAGCCACUACAGCGUGGCCAAGCAGAGCACCGCGCGCGCCAUCGGGCCCUGGCUCUCGGCCGCCGCCGUCAUCCACGAGCCCAAGCCGCCCAAGACCCAGGGCCACUAGGGGCCGCCGCCGCCGGGGGGCGGGGCGCAGGGGGGACCCCGCUGGCUAAAAGCUCCAGUUACCAGACAAGGCUGUCCUCCCGGGGUGGGGGGCGGGGG